AUGGCGGGAAUAACUGCCAUAAACGUUUAUACUUCUAACAACUUAUGCUAUGCCGAUGACGUCCUAUUUGUGGAAGAGUGGAUCAAAGGGAAUGUGGUUGCCUUAAGCCGGCUGCUGCGUUGUCUCAGCCUGGUUACGGGUCUUAAUAUCAACGCUAAAAAAUGUAACCUUUACGGCGUUGGGGUUAAUGACUCCGAGGUGGAGAGAUUGGCGGGGCUUCUCAACUGUCAAAAAGGAAAUCUGCCUUUGGAUUACCUUGGUGUUCCGAUUCGCACUAAUAUGAAACGGAUUAGUAAAUGGCAGCCGGUUAUCGACAGGUUUGAAAAGAAAUUGGCGUCGUGGAAGGCAAAUUCGUUAUCUUUUGCCGGGAGAGUGACCUUAGCUAAAUCUGUUUUGGGCAGCCUCCCGUCAUAUUUUCUCUGGAUUUUCAAGGCUCCAUCAUCGGUGCUUAAGAAACUUGAAAGAAUUCGGAGAGACUUUGUUUGGGGUAAAAAUGGGGAAAAAAUAAAAUGA